AUGGGCGAUCCAUCAACCCAUCAAGAUCACCCAGAUGGAGACACCAUCAAGAUGUUCGUUGGACAAGUUCCUCGUGCUUGGGGUGAGACAGAAUGUCGGGAUUUAUUCGAAAAAUAUGGACCAGUCUACACGUUGAACGUUCUUCGCGAUAAAGCCACACAACAAAGUAAAGGAUGCUGUUUUGUCACGUUUUUUCAUCGAAAAGAUGCUAUUGGAGCACAGGCAGCUCUGCACAACAUUGAGGUCCUUCCCGGAAUGCAUCACCCUGUACAGAUGAAACCAGCCGACAGCGAGAAUCGAAAUGAGCGAAAGCUUUUUGUUGGGAUGAUUUCAAAAAAGUUGAGUGAAGAGGACGUGAAAGAGAUGUUUCAUCAAUUCGGUCACAUCGAAGAGUGCACAGUCUUACGGGACAACGAUGGAAGGAGUAAAGGAUGUGCCUUUGUGACUCUGUCCUCGAGAAGUUGUGCACAGACUGCAAUCAAAGCCAUGCAUCACUCGAUUACAAUGGAGGGUUGCAACUCACCAAUCGUAUGCAAAUUUGCUGACACGACGAGAGAGAAAGACGGAAAAGGGAAACAACCCCAACAACAGCCAAGUCCACACGAUGCUGUCAGUCCAGCAACCCUGCAACACAAUGCACUAUUUGGACAGUUAAACAAUGCAGGCCAAGCAGCCAAUCAACUUCAAGCCUUGCAAACCCUCGCCGCUCUUCUCCAACCGCCCCAAGCCGGCGCACAACCGAACGUUCUGAGUUUACUUGGAAAUGUCUUGACGGGUCUCUCUCGAUUGGCCGAGAGCGGACAGGGUGCCCAGGGUCCUACUGGCUCUUCGGCUACUGUAACCCAACAGUCACAGAGUCUCGAUCCGCAGUCCGCAGCCCUCCUUGGCCAGCAACUCUCCGCCGUCUCUCAGAUGCCAUUUGGUGCCCAACAACAACAACCAAUGAUCCCACAAAUGGCUUUUGCCCAAGCGCUCGCCGUUCAACCGCCCACUCAACCCCAAUUAGCGAUGGAUGGUCGCAAUAUGUUUGGCUAUGCCGCUUUCGCUGGAGCUCCUGCCACACAAAAUGGCUCUUCCUCGUCUCACUCGAAAGGUGGCCAAUCGCCUUCCCUUCCACCAUCCACCCAUCAUCCACUCCUCAACAAUUCACCAUUCUCAGUUUCCCUGACCGGUGCUCCACAAUGUGUCUACCAGCCGAUCACCUCACCCGAUGCUUUCUAUCAAGCUGCUCUCUCUGCCGCUGCCGCCGAACAACAUGCCGCCUUGACUCAAUUGGCAGCUGCAGCCCCGGCCGCCAAUCCGCAAGUGGUCGGCAACGGGCAAACGAAAGGACCCGAUGGGGGCAAUUUAUUCAUCUAUCAUUUACCACAAGACUUCACAGAUGCCGACUUGGUGACCACAUUCAGCCCCUUUGGCUCGAUCGUCUCGGCGAAGGUUUUCAUCGAUAAACAAACGAAUCUCAGCAAGUGUUUUGGCUUUGUCUCCUUCGACAAUCACAUCUCAGCAGCGAACGCAAUCUCAGCAAUGAACGGCUUUCAAAUUGGAAGCAAGCGGCUAAAGGUUCAACUGAAAAGCUCCAAAUCGAAACCGUAUACGAUGGGACCAGGCGGAGUUGCAGUG